UUUUAUCUUUGUUUCGCCCUCUUCUAUUCUGUGCUUUUCAAACAACGUGACGAUUCAUGAAAUAAGAAUCAAGACUUUCUCGUGAAAGAAAAUAAGAUGAGUUUCCCCAUUCGAGAGAACAGAAGCCGUAAUUUUCCAUCAUUUAAUCAGCCCGAGGUCGUUGGUUAUUUUAGUUUGACCGGGCGAGAACGCGAGUACUCGCAGGAUCUAGUUCAGUUGAAAUAUUAUUACGAUCAAUACGGUAAACAAGUUCAUUUUGAUCUCGAUGCCGGGAUAAACAAAGUUGUUAGGAAGCCCAAGGAUUUGAAUGAAAAAAUCGAUUUUCUGUUGAGAUGGAUUUCGAAUAAUCAUGGCUCGAUCAGAGCUAAUCCCGGACAAGAUAGAUUGUUGAAACCAGAUUUCGUGUGCUUUAGAGGACUAUUGACGAAAAUCUGUACUACUCCUUGCGAAAGUAGGGAUGGCUGGAUCAUUUGUGCGGCAAAAUUUCAUGGAACUAUUUACUUAUGUGCGUUUGACAAUGACGAACAAAAAUUAAAAAAUGCCCACUUGACGGACAGGGAUCUCAAGUUCAUGUCGUGGGGUUUUAAGUUUGAACAGUACCUUCUUACAGACUCUCCCAAUGCGUCUCCUAAUGUAAAAGAGCCAGUUAACGAGGCUGAAGAGUUUUGCUGUCUCUUCUCAUCUAAAUUAGGACAACAUGCGUUGGUUUUUGGAGCGGAAAUGGAUGGAAUUUGUUCUCAAGAUAUUGUGGCAGAGCCAGUUGAUUGGAAGAAAAUAAAGUUUGUUGAGCUCAAAACAAACAAAAUUAUAAGAACCGAGUGGCAAAACAAUAAUUACAAAAGGAAACUAUUAAAGUGGUGGUGUCAAAGCUUUUUAGUUGGAAUUGACAAUGUGAUUUGUGGUAACAGAACAGAGCGUGGCAUAGUAUGUAAAUUAGAAGACAUAAAAGUGUCUAGCAUGCCAAAACUAGCUAAAAAUUUUUGGAAUGCAUCGGAAUGCUUGAAUUUUUGCAACGAUUUCUUGAAUCAUGUCAAAACUGUUGUUGUCAGAGACUACAAUGAAUGCAUUUAUAAGUUUGAGUAUAAACUUAAAGAUGAAAUUGAAAUGCAAAUGCUACCUAGCUCUUCAGAAUUGUCAUUUUUACCCAAGUGGUACGUAGACCAGUUGAAUCAUAUAGCUAAUGCCAGAGAUUGA